AUGCAGCCACGCAGAGCGCGAAUCUCAAGGUAUUUUCCGGCCCGCCGGCCGGGGACGGGCGGCUCGGUGGCCCAGUUCCGCGGCCAGGCGCGGCUACCCCGCUUCGCCGCGCCGCGCCGUUACGAGCUCCGCCUCCUCCCCGACCUCGUCGCCUGCACCUUCUCCGGCUCGGUGGCCAUCACCGUCGCCGUCUCCGCGCCCACCCGCUUCCUCGUGCUCAACGCCGCCGACCUCUCCGUUGACCGCGCCUCCAUCCACUUCCAGGUUCUGGCGCCCGAGGAGGUGGUCUUCUUCAAGGAUGACGGUAUACUGGUGCUCGGGUUUGCGAAGCAGUUGCCGCUUGGCGAGGGCGUGCUCAAGAUGGACUUCAACGGAACUCUCAACAACCAGAUGAGAGGCUUCUACAGGAGCAAGUACCAGCAUAAGGGGAAGGAGAGGAACAUGGCGGUGACACAGUUUGAGUCUGUAGAUGCGCGGCGGUGCUUCCCCUGCUGGGACGAGCCUGCAUUCAAGGCAAAGUUUAAGCUAACACUUGAAGUUCCGUCUGAGCUUGUAGCACUGUCCAACAUGCCUGUAGCUACCACGACAGUUGCUGGUCCUAUAAAGACUGUCCGUUACGAGGAAUCGCCACUUAUGUCAACUUAUUUAGUGGCCAUAGUAGUUGGUUUGUUUGAGUAUGUAGAGGGUGUGACAUCACAAGGCACGAGAGUUCGUGUGUACACUCAAGUUGGUAAGAGUAGUCAAGGGAGGUUUGCACUAGAUGUUGGAGUGAAGUCGUUGGAUCUCUACAAAGAUUACUUUGACACUCCUUAUCCACUUCCCAAGUUGGAUAUGGUUGCUAUCCCUGAUUUUUCUGCUGGAGCGAUGGAGAACUAUGGAUUGGUAACAUUCCAGGAAGUAGCUUUGCUUUUUGAUGAGAAGUCGUCAUCAGCCUCCAGCAAACAGAACGUUGCCAUUAUUGUGGCACAUGAAUUGGCUCAUCAAUGGUUCGGCAAUCUUGUAACCAUGGAAUGGUGGACUCACUUGUGGUUAAAUGAGGGAUUUGCUACAUGGGUGAGCCAUCUAGCAGUAGAUUCCAUUUUUCCGCAAUGGAAUAUCUGGACUCAGUUUCUUGAUAACACAACCGGUGCUCUAAGAUUGGAUUCAUUAGAAGACUCUCAUCCUAUUGAGGUUGAAAUAAACCAAGCCAGUGAAGUUAAUGAGAUUUUUGAUGCUAUUAGCUAUGACAAGGGUGCUUCUCUUAUCCGGAUGCUACAAGGUUACCUUGGCGCAGAUCGUUUUCAGAAAGCACUGGCUUCAUAUAUAAAGAAAUAUGCAUACUCAAAUGCUAAAACCGAGGACCUAUGGGCUGUAAUUGAAAAGGAAACUGGUGAACCUGUCAAGGAUUUGAUGUCUACAUGGACGAAGCAAAAAGGGUACCCUGUCAUUAAUGCAAAACUUAAAGGGAAUGGCAUGGAACUUGAUCAGGCCAAGUUUUUAUUAGAUGGAUCAUCUAGCCCUGGCAUGUGGAUUGUCCCUAUAACUUCAGGCUGUGGUGUAUAUGAAACACCGAAGAAGUUCUUAUUCAAACUUAAACAUGAUAAGCUGGUCAUUGCUUCACAAUGUGCUGACCGCAAGAAGGGCGGAAACUUUUGGACUAAGUUGAAUAUAAAUGGAACAGGAUUUUACAGAGUUAAAUAUGAUGAGGAACUUGCAGCUGCACUUCAAAAUGCGUUGGAGAUGAAUAAGCUCUCAGUAAUGGAUAAAAUUGGCAUUGUUGAUGACUCACAUGCCCUUUGUAUGGCCCGCCAGCAAACAUUGGCUUCAUUGCUACGUUUACUCCACUGUUAUCGUUGGGAAGCAGAUUUUAGUGUUCUUUCACACGUCAACUCGGUGACUACAAGUAUUGCUAAAAUAUCACUUGACGCUAUUCCUGGCUUAGCCGGUGACAUCAAACAACUUUUGAUCAAGAUUCUUUUUUCACCUGCAGAAAAGUUAGGCUGGGAUCCCAAGAAUGGUGAGAGCCACGUGGAUGUAAUGCUUAGACCACUUCUCUUGAUUGCACUUGUCCAACUUGGACAUGAUACUAGAAAGGCUGCAUACCUUGCUGUCAUGCAGAAUGUUAGUAGCUCAAACAGAUCAGGCUAUGAUGCUCUUCGAAAAGUCUACAGUGAGUCAGCUGAGGGGGAAGAAAGGUUUACUGUGUUAGGCAUAUUAUCUUCUUGCCGAGAUAAGGAUAUUGUCCUUGAGUCGCUGAACUUGAUUUUCGCUAAUGAGGUCCGCAUUCAGGAUACAUAUACUGCCCUUAGAGGUGUUCAAAUAGAGGCACGUGAAAUUGCGUGGAACUGGUUGAAGGAAAACUGGGAGCAUAUCUUCAAAACAUUUCCGGCGAGCAAACUAGUGUCAGUGUUUGUUGAAGACAUUGUCCCAUUGUUUUCCUCCAAUGACAAGGCAGCAGAGAUUUCCAAGUUCUUUGAGACCCGCACAACGGCACAAUUUGAGAAGACGUUGAAGCAGAGCCUUGAAAUGGUGCGGAUCAAUGCGAGAUGGGUUGAGGGCAUCAGGAGCGAGCCCGGGCUUGCACAGACUGUGCGUGAGCUGCUGGGCAAGCCCUGACUGAUGAUGUGCUGCUGCUGGUGUGUUAUAUUUCUAAUCGCGCAGCUUGAUGGGAAAAACUUGGAAGCUGCUUGUAGGUUUUGCUGUUGUGGUUGACAAAAAGAAUGCAUUCCUUGUCAUCUUCGUCAACGUUGAGGAUAGUCAGGAUCCUAAUUAGGGCUGCUCCGGCACUGUAGUUUAUGGCCUCGUAGUUUAUAUGUAAGCAUAUGUAGACAUCAAUAUCAUCAAUGCACCAUCUCUCCUUACCCCUCAUUGUAGGAUGGCGAAAGCUAUAACCUACGAUGAUAUA